AUGCCAGCAGGCGGUAGACUGAGAGUGGUGGAGGGCAGUAGGGAGCGGUUAGGAGUCGUCGAGCGGACGGUGGUGGGGGCAGGCCCGUUAAUGGACGAAGCAGUGGUUGUGAGGGGCGUAGGGGGGGAGCAAGGGAGUGGGACAGGCGCGGGGAGCUCUAUAACGGGUACAGGGGGGCUGGAGGAAGGGAUGCGGCGGGACGUGGGGGAGGGGCCAGAAUUGGACGGUCUGGAUUACGGGUUUGGGAUCUGUGCGGUGGAUUUUGAUGGAGGGCUGGGAGCGGGGAUUGGUGGAGAGGUGGGGUUUGAGAGGGGGGGAGGAGGGGGCGUGGAGCGCAUGUGGGAAGGAGAGCUGUGUGACUGCUUUGAUGACUCGUCCGUUGCAACGCAGACUGUCUGCUGUCCCUGCAUCACAUUCGGCCAGAACAUGGCAAUGGCUGGUUUCGGCAACUGUGCCCCUCAGGCCCUUUUCCACUGUGCUCUCACAUGGGGAGCAUGCUCCUGUUCGCAGCUCAUAGCCCUCUGCUCCACGCUCGACUUCUUCUCCUCCCUCGGCAUCCUUCUCUACUGCCUAGGCACCUCUUACCCCGCGCGCUUCCGCACGCAGACACGCCGGCGAUUCAACAUCCAGGGCGAUGAGGCAACAGAUUGCAUCUAUCACGCCUGUUGCUCCUGCUGCGCGCUCUGCCAG